AGCGCGAAGCACAUCCGAUGCUCUGACCGCCAUCCUCCUCCAGCUUCGCUAGCCCGCAUUCUCGCCACGCCUUGUGCAUCUGCCUCCCGCAGCACCGCACGGCAUCCCGGAGCUCUGCGCGGCCAUGUCCGCCGAGCUGGCGUCGCUCUUUGGGCUGCCGGCGCACUCUGCACACGUCGCCACGCUGGCGCGUCUGCUCGCCACCUAUCCGCAGCAGGUGCCCACGGCGCAGGACCUCUUCUACAAGUACGAGGCGCAGCUCAUCUCCAACGCCCAGCCACGCGAUGCCGAUGCACCCCAGGCGCUGGACCGCGAUGCCCUCGACCUGCUCGAGGCGGGCCUGCGCGAGGAGCAGCGCAAGAGCGAGCGCGACGUCGCCAUGACGCCGAUGCGCGCCGCGGGGCGCAGCCAUGGCUUCGCCGCCACACCGCGCACCCCCAUGGGCGCGCCCUUUGGCCGGGGCAGUGCCGCCUCGGGCGCCGCCUCAGGCUCGGCAUUGCGGCCGAGCUCUGCCGCAGCGGCCGCUUCUGCGCCUGCGACGCCCGCCACGCCUGCAACGCCUGCACCGGAUCGCGCGCCCUUCACCACGCUCGAGGUGCUCAAUGCACACAUCGCUAAGGCGCCGCCGGGUGCCGAGCGGCCGGGCGCGCAGCGCGUGGCACUGGCGGUCGGCACCGACCCGCGCGCGUGGGGCUAUCGCUACAUGUUUGAGCGCAUGGGAGGCAAGGGCGAAGCGCUCGACGACCGUAUCGAUGCCCUCUCUGCCGCGCUGCUCGAGGCGUAUUCCCUGCCGUCUGCCGACAUCGCAGACGCCAGUCUGCCGACACAAGACGCCGUCUACGUGCUCGGCCGACUCUGUCCCUCUCUGCCGCGUGCCGUUGCCGGCGUCGAAGAGGACUUCGAGUCCGACGGGCGCGGCUAUCCCGCGCUGAGCCGGGAGAACAUUGUCCUCGAGAGCUCGCGGCUCGUCGGCGCCGGCAGUCGCACGCCCCUCGUCUUUCCCGAACGCACCACGGUGCGCACGCCGGAAGGGCGCGUGGCCUUUGAGCGCGCCGGCCUCUUUCCCGGCAUGGUCGUGGGCCUGCUGGGCAAGAACGGCGGUGCGGGCAAGUUUGUCGUCGACGAGGUGCUGCUCCCUCCGGCAUUGCCGCACGCUAGCACCGACGCGGCCGAUCUCUUGACGCAUCAACAUGACGCUGCUCGCCUGGCUUCAGGUCCCAUGUCGCUGCUAGUCGCCUCCGGGCCCUACUCUGCCGAGUCAGAUCUUGCCUUCGGGCCGUGGCAUCGACUGAUGGAUGCCGUCGAGGAAGAGCGUCCAGACGUCUUCCUCCUCCUGGGGCCCUUUCUCUCGCUCUCCCAUCCUGCGCUCCUGGCACCCGGACAGGAUCUGCUGCCAGAGGAAAUCUUCAAGGCACACAUCUCCGAGCGACUUGCGAGACUGGAGAAGACGGCACCUAGAACUACGGUCAUUCUCGUGCCGAGCACCAAAGACGCCGCUUCGAAGCACGCGGCCUGGCCUCAGCCGAUGCUGGACAAGAAAGACGCGGCGCUCGGCAUUCCAAAGCGAGUCAAGUGUCUCCCCAACCCAAGCAUGUUCUCCGUCAACGAAAUCGUCAUUGGCGUGACGACGGGCGAUGUGCUGCGCGACCUUGGCAAGGAAGAGACGUGCAUCGACGUGCGCAAGCCUUAUGCCGCGGCCGAGGCUGCUGGUGGCGGUGCUGCUGCUGCUGCAACGGUGCAGAAGGAAGAUCCGCUCGCCAGGGCCUGCAGACAUGUGCUGAGCCAACGCAGCUUCUACCCACUCUUCCCCGCCUCGCUCGCCACGGGCCAUGCGCUAGACGUGACGCAUUCCUCGCUGGCGCACUUUCCCAGCAUUACUCCCGACGUGCUCAUCCUGCCCUCGCUGCUGCGCCCCUUUGCGCGCGUCGUCGACUCGACCGUCUUUCUCAACCCGGGCGCCGCCGCACGCGCCAGCGCCACCGACGUCGUGGGCGCGGGCAGCUUUGCGCGCGUGGAUGUGGCGGGCAUGAAGAAGGCACGCUUGGAGGCGCUGGCAGAGGAGGAGAGAGUGGGCCAUGAGGCUUGGGAUCGCACGAGGGUGGAGCUGCUGCGAAUCUGAUCGUCCCGUCUUUUUUUGGCGCGCCCCUCGGCGUCCCGUCUGCCCCUGAGCUCCAAGAGGCAGGUCGCACCCGGCCUCGCAGGCAUGCUUGCCACGUCGCUCCCAGAUCGUCUUUGCCCCCGCUCUCAGCACAUCGCAGCAAGCGGCGAUCAACUGCCUCCAUGCCCGACCACCCGUCCUUCGGUGCUUCGAACAGAAUGAUCAUUGCCGCGCGCGUG